GUCUGGGCUGCGCCGGGGCCGCCCCUGCGCUGCGAGCGGCCGCGUAAACAUGGAGCUCUCGGCCGUCGGGGAGCGCGUCUUCGCGGCCGAGGCCCUGCUCAAGCGCCGCAUCCGCAAAGGCCGCAUGGAAUAUCUGGUCAAAUGGAAGGGCUGGUCGCAGAAGUACAGCACUUGGGAACCCGAGGAAAACAUCCUGGAUGCCCGGCUGCUCGCAGCCUUCGAGGAGAGGGAGCGAGAAAUGGAACUUUACGGGCCCAAAAAGCGAGGCCCCAAGCCCAAAACCUUCCUGCUAAAGGCCCAGGCAAAAGCCAAAGCCAAAACCUAUGAAUUCCGCAGUGACUCUUCCAGGGGGAUCCGGGUGCCAUAUCCCGGCAGGUCCCCCCAGGAGCUGGGCUCCACGUCCCGGGCUAGGGAAGGACUGAGAAACAUAGCCCUGGCCCCCCAGGGCAGUUCCAGCACCAGCACCCCCAAGGGAGACAGCAUCCGGGACCGGGUGAUCCGUGUGGAGGAGAAACCCGGGGAGACCCCCAAAAAGAGAGGCCCGAAGCCCAGGAAGGAGCUUUACAAGGACCUGGCGGAGACUCUGGAUGCCUCCAAGAGGAAACUGGGGGACCCGGGGGACAAGGUGGGGGACUACCUGAAGGCCAGGAAGAUGGAGGAGGCUGCGACGGGGGCGGCCAAGUUUGGCUCGGGACACAGCGUGAUCCAGCUGGCCCGGCGGCAGGAGCCCGACCUGCCCGGCGCCCUGCCCGGCCCCAACCGCGCCGAGGCGGGCGCCGAGACCUUCCCCCCGCGCCUGGCCAAGCACCGCGCGGACUUUCUGGACCCCAAGGGGCAGGGGGGGCUGGACCCCGGCGGGCCCAAGCUCCUGCACGGCGCGGUGAACCCGGGCAGCGUGGGCAGCCUGUACCGCGAUGGCGUGGGGGGCCCGGCGGGGCGACCCUCCCUCAUCGCCAGGAUCCCCGUCUCCAGGAUCCUGGGGGACCCCGAGGAGGAGUCCUGGAGCCCCUCUCUCAACAACCUGGAGAAGGUGGUGGUAACUGAUGUGACCUCUAACUUUUUGACCGUCACCAUCAAGGAGAGCAGCACGGACCAAGGAUUCUUUAAGGAGAAGCGAUGAGUUUGGUGGAGGUGGUGCUGGGGUUUUCUUCAGUCAGAUCCAGACAAAAGCUUGGUUAGAGCUUGGUGGGCCUCUCUUCUUUUUUUUUUUUUUUUUUUUUUUUUUCUUUUAAAAUUUUUUUCUUUUUUUUUUUUUUUUUUUUUUUUUUUUUUUUUCCUUUAAAAUUUUUUUCUUUUUUUUUUUUCUUUUGUUUUUGGUCCUGGAGAGAAUUUAGAAACUGUCCUAAAUUCAUUAACUCAUUCUUUUGUUUUUGUUUGGUUUUUUUUUUUCACGUCUUACAUUUCGUUGGAAAGAUUAUCUCUAGAGUUAUAUUUUCUAUUAGAUGUAAAUAUGUUAUUUAAGAAAAAAUGCUUAUAUAUAUAUCUAUAUAUAUAUAUUUCAACUCUGAGUUGUUUUAUUUAAAUGGAGACAACAGUGACUGCUCAGUUGCUCCUAGAAGGGACAAUAAAACUGAGAACUAACGAGUUCACGCAUCUGCCGCAGGAGCCGGUGUACAUAACGGUGUUCAUAGCUAAGUAUGUGCUGGGUUUUUUUAACUAUUAUUUUUCAUAUGAUGCUAUGGAUGGUGGAGGGGGACGUGUUGCUCCCUCGGAGGGCGAAGUGCCCGGAUUUCUUGAUUGUGAUUUAAGGUGUUGCUUGUACAAUCAAGUGUGCUGUGUCCAGAACUGUUGCCCUUGACAGUUGACGUGAGCACUUGAAUUCACAGUGUUGUUGGGGAUGGGGCGUUUCCAGUCUAACAAAAAAAGUAAUGUCGCUACAAAGUCGGGGCGGGGAAAAGCAGAAAUCCAUAAAAAGGCUAAAAGUAUUGGAGUAUUAACUUGAAUUCCCUUUUCUUGCAGAGGAGAGGAGGUCUGUGUGUGUAAGGUUCCUGAGGGGUGAUACUGAAAUGCACUUUAAUAGAGUUGUCGUAGCAGCUGUGGGAGAUGGGACUGAGCUGAGAAUCUGUUUUCAUUUUGUCUGGUCGCUUGAUUCUGUUCCCCCACCCACUAAAAACAAAAAAACCCCAACAAAACCCCCCUCUGUUUACAUUCUUGAAAUGCCAGAGAGGUUGGGGAGGGAGCAUCUCACUGCCCAUAUUUAGUUACUUUAUUCUGCUAUAGAAAGUGGAUUAUUAUUAUUUUUAUUCUCAAUCACAGUUUACUUCAGACUGUUGGAAGACUCCCGAUAAAGUGUUUUGUAAUACCCACAUCCCUGACAAAUCCCAGAGCCACCUUUAUGCAGUCAGAGACAAUAAAUAUUUCCCUUUCCUUACGCUGGUUAAACAAUAGCCAAGAGGCAAAAUAUUCCCGUGUGGAGCAGCCCCGCCGGCUUGGAUGGAUUUUUUGCCGGAUUUGCCUGUGGGAUUCCUCCCAGAACUGGGAUUCUUCCCCGGCUGGGGCAGGGAGGGUCUCAUGGCCCUGGAGGAGGUGCAGCAGUUUCCCUGCUGGUGGGGGUUGCUCCCCCAGCUCAGCCACAGCGUGGCACAGAGGGGAGAGUGGGACCGUGCCCGGGUUGUGGUUUGGCUGAGAUGGAGCAGGUGGCCCUGUCCCGACACCUUGCUCUGGGCAUCACUCAGAUGGGAAGCACAAACCUGGCAGUGCCUGAGGGCUGAACUGGGCCAGGUUCCCCUUGUCCCUGGGCUCCUGAAGGCUCCUGACUCAGGGGGCUCAUAGGGAGUGACCACCAGGGAGCCUGAGAGUGGGGAAGGGGCUGGGCAAGGGGCACCCCUUCACUGUGGGGCCCAUCGGCAGCUCCACCUUGUCCAGUCCCCUUCCCCAUCCUUUCGGGACCCAUGAGCUGCCUGGUAGGAGGAUGCUGGAUUGGCUGUGCAAAGGGAGCCAUGGUGUCUGAGAAUUCAGUUUGCUUUUCCUUUUUAUUUUUUAUUUUUUUUUGGAGGCAUAUUUUUGUAAAAUUGAGAUUUUUAACUUGGUUUGUACGAGGAAGCGAGGUGCUGGUCCCGGUGCCAGCGCCGACAUGGGACACGGGUGGUGUUGGAGGAUGAUGAGGGGGUUGAGCUGUCUGUCCUCCCGCUGCCCCCAAAGCCCGAGGAUCCUUCCCUUUGCAAAGAGCCUGGAGCCGCUCCUGCCCUGUCGGGGCUUCGCUCCAGCCCCGUGUCCGUGUGUGUCCCGACACACCUGGAGCAAACCGUACCUGUGGGUGUAUAUGUGUGUCUGUACAUAGCGACGUGUAUCCUGCGUGUGUGUGUGUGCGGGUGUGCGCGUGGGAAUUAUUUAAAUCUAAGACUUGUACAAAAACGAUUUGGCUAAAUCUCAGUCUCAGAAGUGAAGCUUAACUACGUGUCUUCUGCCAGCCGUGAAUGUCCAUUUGAGACCUGCUUUUUAUGUCAGUUUAAAUAUAUACUUUGUAAAUAGAAA